AUGACUGUCAACUGUAGAAGCCUGAAGGGCACCAGGAAAAGGAGACUCCUGCACUCACUACUGUGCAAUGAAAAACCAGACAUAAUCCUAGGAACCGAGUCGCAUCUAGAUGGUUCGUUUACCAACGCGGAGAUCUUCCCACCACCAUACAUGGCACUAAGAAAGGACAUAGAUGCCAAUGGAGGAGAUGUUUUCGUCGCAUACAAAGAAGGACUAAACAUCACCGAGAUUGAGGAGGUCGGAAUCGAAUGUGAACUGCAAGCAGUCAAACUUACUUCAAAAGGAAAUCCAACGCUAUGCAUAAUUGUCUGCUAUAGACCGCCUACAGCUAAUUUGGAAAACCUCCUAAAAAUCCAGACAUCACUCCAAAAGAUAGAAACCGACAAUAAAUUGGCAGAACUACUAAUUCUUGGUGAUUUCAACAUGCCAAGUAUCAAUUGGAAAGCACUGACAAUUAAAGAUGCACCACAAUACAGCAUGGAACUCAACGAAGCCCUACUUUCCACUGUAAAUGAUCUAUACUUAACGCAGAUGGUUGAAGAACCAACAUGUGGAAAAAAUAUCCUUGACCUUGUUUUCACCUCCUCUCCAGACCUAAUCGAGGCAGUCCAAACUGUUCCAGGUAUCAGUGACCAUCAUGCAGUUACAGCUAAAUAUAAGCACAGAAUCACUCCAAACAAAAAACCUAAACGAACCAUAUACAUGUAUGGAAAGGCAGACACCUCUCUACUCGAGACUGAUCUCUUAGCAUUUAAGGAAAAUUUCAUGAGAGAGGCAGAAGGGAGGAGCGUCAACACUAACUGGGAUAUUCUUAAAGUCAAUAUCGAGAUUGUAAUCAAUAGACACGUACCAAAAAAAAUCAUAAAGACAAACAAUAAUAUUCCAUACAUCACCAGAAAAAUAAAAAGCAUAAUGAAAAAAAUGAAACGGAGGUGGAACAAGGCAAAGAAAACUAAGACAGAUGCUGAUAGAGAACUCUACGAAGAAACUCAGCGAGAAAUUAAGGAGCAACUACAAUUAGAAUACAACAAAUAUCUAGAGAGUCUAUUUGAAAACAAUGCAGGUCUGAACACCAACAGACUCUGGAAUUUCAUUAAAAAUAAGAAAAAAGAUAUUAUUGGCAUACCGACACUACUUUACAAAAACAGACUUGUGUCUACUACAAUAGAGAAGACAGAGGUCCUAGCAGACCAGUACGAAUCAGUUUUUACUACAGAAAAUAAAGACAAUAUCCCUGACAUGGGCCCAUCACGCCACUCAACAAUGGAAGACAUCUCCAUUACCUUACCUGGCGUAAUUAAACUACUAAAAUCCUUAGAUCCUAAGAAAGCAAUUGGCCCUGACAAUCUACCAACAACACUGCUGAAGAACUAUGCAGAGAUCAUAGGGCCGAUGCUGUGUCUUAUAUACAAGCAAAGUAUACACACCGGUGACAUGCCAGAGGAUUGGCUAAACGCAAACAUCAUAGCUGCUCACAAGAAAGGAAACAAAUCUGACCCGGCAAACUACAGACCAAUAUCCCUUACCUGUGUGGCAUGCAAAGUCAUGGAACACAUCAUAUUCAGGAGUGUGAUGGACCACUUUGACCAUAACAAUAUACUUGCAAACUGCCAACAUGGUUUCAGGAAGUCUCACAGCUGUGAGACUCAGCUGCUUUCCACUGUCAAUGACCUUAGUUACAGGCUGGAUAACAAAGAACAAGUAGACGUGGCGAUCCUAGACUUCGCAAAGGCUUUCGACACAGUCCCCCAUAAUAAACUGCUUCAUAAGCUAAACUACUAUGGAACAAGAGGGAAGACUUUGAUAUGGAUACGUAAAUGGCUGACCAAAAGGCACCAAACUGUAGUGUUAGAUGGUCAAAAAUCAAGAAAAGUACCGGUAAAGUCAGGAGUCCCCCAGGGAACAGUCCUCGGCCCCCUCCUGUUCCUCGUUUUCAUAAACGACAUAUGUAAUGGCAUCGACUCAACACUCCGACUGUUUGCAGAUGAUUGUCUCAUCUACAAACCCAUCAGAAGCGGAGCUGAUACAGAGCUUCUCCAAAAGGAUAUCGAUAAGCUUGUUCAAUGGUCCAAAAACUGGCAAAUGUCAUUUAAUCCAAAAAAGUGCACCACCCUCACAAUAUCAAGGAAACAAACCCCAAUAAAGCAGACCUAUACCAUCAUGGGAACCAAGCUCAAAAAGGAGGAACAUCAACUCUACCUCGGCGU